UUUAAUAGUUCCAUAUUGUAGCUUUCUUACAUUUAGUAAUAAUGUAUUAGCAUGUUUUUGGCUAUGCAUAUUUACCAAAAUGGUAGUUUUGUGCUAAUAAAGUAGUACAUAAUAAUUGUAGAUUAGAAAUAAAAAUAACAAAUAGAACAGCAGAUUGAAACAGACAAUGGCAAAUGAUUCUUGGAGUGUAUUGGUGACGGGGGGUGCUGGGUACAUUGGUUCUCAUACAGUAUUGGAACUGUUGCAAGCAGAUUUUGAGGUGGUGGUAAUAGACAACCUUAGUAAUGCUUUUAAAGGAGAAAAAGAUGCAAAACCAGAAUGUUUAUUGAGGAUAGAAAAAUUGACAAAUAAAAAAGUUACAUUUGUUCACUGUGAUGUAUUAAAUUUUAACGAAUUAAGAGAUGUAUUCAAAAAGCACAAGUUUAAUUCUGUCAUACAUUUUGCUGCCUUGAAAGCUGUGGGUGAAUCUUGUGAGAAACCCCUAGAAUAUUAUAAAACAAAUGUUUGUGGAACAUUGAAUUUAUUAAAAGUUAUGAGAGAAUUUAAUGUGAGAUGUUUUAUUUAUUCAAGUAGUGCUACAGUUUAUGGCACCCCUGAAAAGCUGCCACUAGUAGAAAAUAUGAGAACUGGUAAUUGUACCAAUCCUUAUGGAAAAACGAAAUACAUGGUUGAAGAAAUUUUGAAAGAUCUAUGCUCUUCAGAUAAGACAUGGUCUGUCAUAUCUUUAAGAUAUUUUAAUCCAGUGGGAGCUCAUUCUUCUGGACAAAUAGGAGAAGAUCCUAAUGGAAUUCCCAACAAUUUAAUGCCAUACAUUGCCCAAGUAUCUGUUGGCAAAAGGGAUAUUUUAUAUGUUUAUGGCAAUGACUAUGAUACUCCUGAUGGAACAGGCGUACGUGAUUAUAUUCACAUUAUGGACUUAGCUGUUGGUCAUGUAAAAGCAUUGGUUUAUCAAAAAAUUACUAAUCCUAUUGGAUUUAAAGCAAUUAAUUUAGGCACUGGAAAGGGUUCUUCUGUACUUGAAGUUGUACAUGCAUUUGAAAAGGCAUCAGGAAAAACUAUACCUUAUAAAAUAGUUGCACGCAGACCUGGAGAUAUAUCCGCUAGUUAUGCAGAUGCUAGUUUAGCUAAUAAAGAAUUAGAUUGGCAAGCUACUAAAAACAUAGACGAUAUGUGCAUAGACACGUGGAAAUGGCAACAAAAUAAUCCAAAUGGUUAUAAAUCUUAGUAAUAAUUGUUGAAAUAUUUGUUAUUUGAAAAUCUGAGACGUUUAAAAAAACAUUUCAUUUAUAUUGUUAAUUAAUGUAAAUAUAAGCCAUGGUGGUGUCUGGUUACCAAAGUUUAGACCAAAGUCGAAAGUAAAUACGUAUAUAUGUAUAUACACACACCUUAUAUUAAGUAAAUUCAUGAAUCCCUACAUUUAACAUUUAUUAUAAACGAUUUCC